AUGCCUGAAUUAAAGAAAUUUUUACAGAAAGGAUUCAGAUGGCAAGUAAUAUUUUCCUUCUUAUUUUCCUGGCUGUGUCAUUCAGUCUCUAGUCAGAUUCAUUAUUCCAUUGUAGAAGAAAUGAGAAAAGACUCUGUUAUAGCAAAUAUUGCAAAAGACCUUGCAUUAGACAGUAACACACUAUCAUCUAGAAAACUGCAGAUUGUGUCCCAUGUUUCAGAGAAAUAUUUUUAUGUGAAUCUAGGUAAUGGAAGCUUGCAUGUGAAGGACAGAAUAGACAGGGAGAUUCUGUGUGGGGCAGCUGCCACCUGCUCCCUUAUAUUUGAUGUAAUGGUUGAAAAUCCCUUCUAUGUUUUUAAUAUCAAUAUAGAAAUUCUGGAUAUUAAUGAUAAUGUUCCAGUUUUUUUUCAUGACACAAUUACUGUGGAAAUUAUUGAAUUUACAUCACCAGGAGCCACAUUUGCUUUACAAAGUGCAGAAGAUCCAGACAUUGGUAUUAAUUCCAUACAAACAUACAAACUCAGUGAAAAUCAAUAUUUUACACUGUCUAAGACAAACAGAGAAGACGGGAAUUCAUUUCCAGAACUUGUGUUAGAAAAAGCUUUAGACAGAGAGACGCAAAAUAACCAUGAAUUAAUACUAACAGCAUUGGAUGGAGGAAAUCCUGUUAGAUCUGGGACAGCCUUGAUUAAAGUAAUUGUUACUGAUGGAAAUGACAAUGCCCCUGUUUUUACACAAAAUGUAUAUAAAGUCAGUGUCAAUGAAAAUACUUCUAUCAACACAACUGUAAUUACAGUAGAGGCAACAGACAAAGAUGAAGGCACCAAUGCACAAAUCACAUAUUCAUUUAGUAAAACGUCAGAAAGCUUUCAUCCUGCAGGUAUGUUUGGCAUCAACUCUACAAAUGGAGAAAUUAAAACAAACAGGGAGUUUGAUUUUGAAAAGAUAAAAAAUUAUGAACUAUCUGUACAAGCCAAAGAUGGAGGAGGCCUUGUCGUCCAUGCCAAGGUAUUAAUAGAAGUUGUAGAUAACAACGACAAUUCUCCUGAGAUAAUCAUUACCUCCUUGUCUUCUUCUAUUCCUGAGGAUUCUGAACCUGGAACAAUGAUUGCUAUAAUAAGGGUUCAUGAUCAAGAUUCUGGGGAAAAUGGGGAAGUUGACUGUCAGAUUAGAGAGAGGGCGCCUUUUGAGCUAAUACUGUCAUCUAACAGAUUCUAUAAGAUACUUACUACAAAAACCGUGGAUAGAGAAAAAAUAUCUAACUACAACAUAACUAUUGUAGCUACUGACAGAGGAUCUCCUCCACUUUUCAGCAGGAUAACAAUCCCAUUGGAGAUAUCAGAUACAAAUGACAAUCCACCAGUUUUUAUGAAAUCCACUUAUGUUGCCUAUGUGGUAGAAAAUAACUUGCCAGGAGCUUUAAUAUACAGUGUAAGAGCUUCAGAUCCCGAUGCUGGUGAUAAUGCUAAAAUAAUGUAUUCAAUUUUUGAUACAAGAUCCAAAGAUCUCCCAGUAUCCACUUAUCUCUCCAUUAAUAUAGAGACUGGAGUUCUCUAUGCUCAGAGGUCAUUUGAUUAUGAGCAAAACAAAGAAUGUCUAUUACAAGUAACUGCUAGAGACAAUGGGUCACCUUCUCUAAGUAGCAAUGUCUCAUUGCUAAUCCGAAUAGUAGAUCAAAAUGACAAUGCACCAAAAGUCCUGUAUCCUCCAACAGAAAAUGGCUUAGCUAUGUUUGAGUUGGUCCCUUUUUCCUCUGAACCGGGAUCUUUCAUUACAAAAGUUGUUGCAGUGGAUGAAGACUCUGGACAUAAUGCUUGGUUGUCUUAUCAUUUCAUGCAAGUCUCAGAACCACUUUAUUUUGUCAUCGAUGAACAUACUGGAGAAAUAAGGACAUCACGGGUCUUUCAAGGAAAGGAUAUACUGAAUCAGAAAGCUGUGGUGAUUGUGAAGGACAAUGGAUACCCCUCUCUCUCAGCUACUACCACUUUAAAUCUUGUUAUUGCAGACAGUUUUCAACAGGUGGUUCCUAAAAUUACCAGUCAUACUAAUGAUGGAAAUCCUAAUUCAAAUCUUCAACUAUACUUAGUGGUUGCCUUAGCACUGAUUUCAUUGUUAUUUAUUAUAACAAUUAUGGUGUUUCUUAUAUCAAGGUGCAGAGCUUCUAAAUCCCCAACAACAUCUUUUAGUACAUGUUUGUACCCUCCCAUGGAUCCCAGAGUGCUCUCCAUGUAUAGUGAUGGAACAUUAUCACUCCCCUACCCGUAUAACUUCUGUGUUACUUUGGAUUCAGCAGACAAUGAGUUUACUUAUGUUCCACCAAAUCAAAAUGUCCCUGUGGAAAAUUUAAUUGACACUGAUGAUUCAGGACUUGGCAAUGAAAAUUGCAAUGAACCAUUGGCCACAAAGAGUAUUGAGCAGGUGAGUUAUCUAACUUAG